AUGAGCGCCCUGCCGUUCCUGCUGCUCUGGGCGCUCCCCCAGGCUUGGGGAACCUCGGGAGUCCCACAGGGGCCUUUCCUCUUCCGCUGCGCCCAGACCUCGUCCUUUGCCAGCAGCCGCCAGUCGCGCACGGACGUCUCUGUGUGGCUCGGGGAGCUGCAGACGCACAGUUGGAGCAAUGACUCAGACUUCGUCCGGCCUCUGAAGCCCUGGUCCCGGGGCACCUUCAGCGACCAGCAGUGGGAGAUGCUGAUGCAUACUUUUCGUGUUUAUCGAAGCAGCUUCACCAGGGACAUAACGGAAUUCGCCAAAAUGUUGCAAGUAGCCUAUCCCAUUGAGCUACAGCUGUCUGCUGGCUGUGAGAUACACCCUGGGAACACCUCAGAAAACUUCCUCCAUGUAGCGUAUGAAGGAAGAGAGGUCGUGAGUUUCCAAGAAACUUCUUGGAAGGCAGCCCCAGAGGCCCCAGACUGGAUAAAUGUGGCCAUCACAGUGCUAAACCAGGACCAAGAGACGAGGGAAACAGUGCAGUGGCUCUUGAAUGACACUUGCCCCCAGUUUGCCAGUGGCCUUCUUGAAGCAGGGAAAUCAGAACUGGAAAAGCAAG